CCUCGCUCCUGAUGAGGUCCCUGCCUCUUUCAUCUCUCGCAUUUUUCACCAGUUUCACACCAACCUACGUGGAAAUUAUUCCUGUGUUUCCAGGCUUACUAAGGGCACUUCAUUUCAAGGUCCCAAGCCAGUGUAUGAGGGCUCUGGGACCCGGCAUAAAAGGCUGCGCUGCUCCCGGCUCUGCAUCCUCGUCUCUGGCCUCCCUUUCCUCCAGGAACCAGCUUUGCCUCCUGCACCGAGAGAUGUCCUGCUGCAGACCCUGUCCCCCACGGCCCUGCGGCCCCUGUGGCCCAACCCCCCUUGCAAGCAGCUGCAGUGAGCCCUGCCUCGCCCGCUGCGCCGACUCCAUGUUCUACAUCGAGGCUUCGCCGGUGGCGGUGACCUUGCCGGGCCCCAUCCUCACCUCUUUCCCUCAGAGCACAGCCGUGGGAUCCUCUCUGUCAGCUGCUGUGGGCAGCUCCCUCAGCACCUCGGGAGUUCCCAUCUCUUCUGGGGGCUCCCUUGGCCUGGGGGGCUCAGGCCUGUGUCUGCCUUUCCCCCGCUGCGGUCAGAUCUGCUGAGGCCGGCGCAUCGUCCCCGCUGGCCCUGGCAAAUGGGCCCUUCUCUUUCCCUCCCUGGCCCCCCACACGUGUUCCUUGGUCUCUGUUCUGUGCCGCUGCUUUUGCUCCUUCUCAUUAAAGCCUUUGUGCAGCAUU